CCAAUAGUCGCGGAAUCUUCCGGUCCCAAUUCAAAAUGGAGGUUCAUCAAGUGCCUGUUGUCGAUAUCGGAGCGCUCAUGGCGCUAGGCUCUGACGCUGAAGUCGACGCUGCGCUACGCGACACUAAGGACGUCGCCCUCCGUGAGAUCAUUGAGAACAUUCGUGCUGCUGCCAGCGAGUGGGGCUUCUUCUACGUCACCAACCACGGUCUACCCGAAGAGGAGAUGGAAAGAUUUCGAGAGAACAUGCGCUCUUUCUUCCACCUCCCACCAGAUACCAAGCGCAGUAUCGCCCGAACGGAAGAGAAUAUCCGUGGGUACGUCGAAAAGGAGCUCACGAAGAACAAAACGGACUGGAAGGAGUGCUUCGACUUUACAGGCGCCUACGAGGAUGAUCCGCCCUGUCUCAACAGCAAUGAACCACCAAGAAAACUGCAAAACCAAUGGCUGGAUGAAAAAAUCAUCCCAGGAUUCCGCCACGAAAUGCAAACUUACUACGUGAAGAUGGCGUACAUGUCUCGUCGAUUGAUGAAGUUGUUCGCUGUUGCUUUGGGUGAAGACCCUACCUUCUUCGACGAGUUUUUCCACGGAAACCACCCUAGUGUUAUGAGAUUGAACCAUUAUCCGAUUGCUCCAGAGCCUGACAAGACUAUGGGCGUUUACCAUCACACAGACUCGGUCGCCCUGACCAUUCUACUGCAAGAUGACGACGUGGCUUCGCUGCAGGUGUUGCACCGAGAGUCGAACACGUGGGUCAAUGUACCACCGCGCAAGGGCACAUACACCAUCAACACGGGAGAUCUGAUUCAAGUCUGGUCGAACGACAAGUUUGUGGCCCCACUGCAUCGCGUGCUGGCUACCGACAAGGCCAGUCGAUUCUCAGCUCCGUUCUUUUAUCUGCCGGCGUACGACGUGCAGGUGGAGCCUAUUGUGGUGAAGGACGGCGAAGUGCCCAACUAUCGUCCGUUUAGCUUUUUGGAGUACAUCGUGGCACGUGCUCGAGGCAACUUUGCAGAUCUGGGCCAAGAAAACCAGAUUGGCGACUUCAAGAUCAACGGAUCAAUCGACAUUGCCAAUUCCUAA